UCAUUCCAGUGCAAGAGAUACGUCAGCCACAACAUUAGUCUGAAGUGUUGGCGUUUCCCUUCUUACUGACGACAUGGCUGGAGUUCAAGCUGCCUCUCGCCUCCUCUCCAAGAGGCUACUGUCCUCCAGGAAGGGCCCUGCUACGGCAGUUCAAGGUGCAAAAAACCUGCACUUUUCCAUCUAUGGCAAGAGAAAUGCCAAGGUUUCUGAUGAUAUCUCCAAUCAGUACCCAGUAGUAGAUCAUGAGUUUGAUGCCGUGGUGGUUGGCGCUGGAGGAGCGGGACUUCGGGCAGCUUUUGGCCUGUCUGAGGCUGGCUUUAACACUGCCUGUGUCACCAAGCUUUUUCCCACCAGGUCUCACACUGUUGCAGCACAGGGUGGAAUCAAUGCAGCUCUUGGUAACAUGGAGAAUGAUGACUGGCGGUGGCAUUUCUACGACACAGUGAAGGGUUCUGAUUGGCUAGGGGACCAGGAUGCCAUCCAUUACAUGACGGAACAGGCUCCAGCAGCUGUGGUUGAGUUGGAGAACUUCGGCAUGCCGUUCAGUCGCACUGAGGAUGGAAAGAUCUACCAGAGGGCGUUUGGAGGUCAGAGUCUCAAAUAUGGCAAAGGAGGCCAAGCCCACCGCUGCUGCUGUGUUGCUGACAGGACUGGUCAUUCAUUACUUCACACUCUGUAUGGACGGUCGCUGCGUUACGACACUAGUUACUUUGUGGAAUACUUUGCGCUGGACCUGCUGAUGGAAGAUGGCGAGUGCAAAGGUGUGAUUGCGCUCUGCAUGGAGGACGGAUCUAUUCAUCGUAUCAGAGCUCAGAAUACCGUCAUCGCUACCGGGGGUUAUGGUCGAACCUAUUUCAGCUGCACUUCGGCUCAUACUAGUACCGGCGAUGGAAAUGCCAUGGUAACCAGAGCAGGUCUGCCCUGCCAGGACUUGGAGUUUGUACAGUUCCAUCCCACUGGGAUCUAUGGAGCAGGUUGUUUAAUUACCGAGGGCUGCCGUGGUGAAGGAGGCAUUCUCAUCAACAGCGAAGGUGAGCGAUUCAUGGAGCGCUACGCGCCCAACGCCAAAGACUUGGCCUCCCGAGAUGUGGUGUCCCGCUCCAUGACCAUAGAAAUCAGAGAGGGCAGGGGUGUGGGUCCAGAUAAGGACCACGUAUACCUGCAGCUACACCACCUGCCUCCGCAGCAGCUCGCCACAAGGCUGCCAGGCAUUUCUGAGACUGCAAUGAUCUUUGCCGGAGUGGAUGUCACUAAGGAGCCGAUCCCCGUCCUGCCAACCGUCCACUAUAACAUGGGAGGUAUACCUACAAACUAUAAGGGCCAGGUGAUCACGCACACUAACGGCGAGGAUAAGGUGGUUCGUGGACUGUACGCCUGUGGAGAGGCUGCAUGUGCAAGUGUUCAUGGUGCCAACCGACUAGGUGCCAACUCUCUUUUGGAUUUGGUGGUGUUUGGCAGAGCCUGCGCCCUCACCAUCGCUGAGGAGCACAAACCUGGUGAGGCGCUUUCCCCUCUGAAGUCCAGUGCAGGAGAAGAGUCUGUGGCCAACCUCGAUAAAAUGCGGUUUGCCAAUGGAAGUCUGCGAACCUCUGAAAUCAGGCUCAAUAUGCAGAAGGCCAUGCAAGCCCACGCUGCUGUAUUCCGUACUGGUUCUGUCCUGAAGGAGGGUUGUGACAAAUUGGAUGCCAUUUACCAGACUAUGGAAGAUAUCAAGACCUUUGAUCGAGGCAUUGUGUGGAACACGGACCUAGUGGAAACACUGGAGCUGCAGAAUUUGAUGCUGAACGCCGUCCAGACCAUUCACUCAGCUGAGCAGAGGAAGGAAAGUCGAGGAGCUCACGCCAGAGAGGACUUCAAGGAUCGCAUUGAUGAGUACGAUUACUCAAAGCCCUUGCAGGGUCAGGAAAAGAAGCCCUUUGACCAGCACUGGAGGAAGCACACCAUGUCCUAUGUUGACCCCAAAACUGGGAAGGUGACCUUGGAAUACCGUCCUGUCAUUGACCACUCUCUGGAUGAACAGGACUGUGCCCAUGUUCCUCCCGCUAUCCGUUCUUAUUAAGAACCCCUCCAACCAUGGCAACACUCUUCAAAUACUCAUUCACCAACACUUUAUGGAGAAGUUGUUCGUGCAAUACACAGGACUUUGAGGAAAACUAUGCUUUAGAUUGCCUGUGUGUUUAAAGGCUUGUCACCUCUUGUGUAUCACAUGAACACUCAAUCUUUGCCAUUGUGAUUGUGCUGAGCUCUCAUUUCUCAGAUUUGCAUUGCUUAAAAUGCAUUUUAUAUCACAGAUUAGCUUUGGCCUGGACAAGAGAUUGUGUUGCUGUAAGGCAGGGGUGCUCAAGUCCAGUCCUGGAGAGUCCCUAUCCAGCUUGUUUUCCAUUUCUCCCUUCUCCAACACACCUGACUCAAAUAAUCAGGAUCAUUAUCAGGCUCCUGCAGAGCUUGCUGAUGAGCUGAUCAUUUGAUUCAGGUGUGUUGGAGAAGGAGAAAUGGAAAAUAAGCUGGAUAGGGGCUCUCGAGGACCGGACUUGGGCACCCCUGCUGUAAGGCAAUAGGGAAGUUUUAAGCAUGUAAAUAUUACCUAAAUGUACUGUACCAUUAAUAUGGUGGAUUACACAAUACGCAUUCAAAUGUAUUCUUGUCUUACUCACAGUUGCCUUGGAUAGCAUACAUUUGUGAUCUUUUGGUGUGUUUGCACUUAAGAGUAAUGCAAUAUAAAAUCAAUCGUGCUCAAUAUACGUAUUUACUGUACUUGCUGGUAUCAACAACAAAAUGAAGCAUGAAGAAAUUUAAAUUCCUCUUUAUCUUGAAUACAAGACAGCUGUGUCAGUAAAGUCCUCAAAGCUCUGUCCUGCUACAAAUGCAAACAUAGGGAUGGAAGAUAAGGAUGUUAAAAAGAAAACGCAGUGCUAGUUUAUCAAUGCUUUGUUGAACAGUUGUUGUUUUUGUUUUUUAAUUAUCCUACUGAAUUCAGUAUUGAGUUGGUCCUGUUUCAAUUAAAAGCGGUUUAUAGAUAAAAUGAGGUUGGCCGGGUGUCAUCACAUAGACAUUGUUUCUUGAUCAGCAUUGUUUGAAGUGGUUGUGAUUUAAUUUAUUUGCCUUUUUCCCCUCCGACUCAUGCUUUGUUUCAUGUUGAAUAAAAGAUAGACAAUGAAAGGAAACAAAA